UUUUGUUUACUUUUAUAAAAUAUUUAUAGACUAUCAAAACAUCAUCUGCAGUCAUAUAGAUUAUUAAUUUAUUAAUGUUGACAAACAUGUCAUCAUCGUUCGAACAAAAUGAAAAUGAUCGCUCUCGACACCAAAGUAAAAUACCCACUACAUCGAAUAACUUAACAUGCCAAAAAAAUAAUAAUUUACAAAUCAUACUACCAAACGGUGUUCCUUCUACUUCAACAACUCCGUAUGAAAAGCUGUCCAAUUCAGAAAAUGUUAGUUGUGCUCAUAUCAGAAAACUAAAUUUUAUCAAAAACUCUGACAAAAACAUUCCUGCGCCAUCGGAACAGUUUCUUGUAGGGGUUAACUGUGCGGUAAUAAAACUGUUACAAGAAAUUGAAAAAAACCAUAAAUUUUGUGCAAAUAAAAAUUCAAACAGACUGCCAAAAUCAAGAAAGCGUCGAUAGUUAAAAUUUUAAAUAAGAAAAUAUAUAACUAUUUUGUGUCACUAUAGCUCAUCGAAUUCAAAGUGUAUGAUAAACUAGGAACUACCAAACAUAAUUUUAAAUUGAAAAACAUUUAUAAUAAAUGGAAUUUUUAGUAAUAA